AUGACAAUUACAAUUAAUUGGGGUAUUCUUGGAGCAGGUAACAUUUCUGCUCAGUUUGUUCAUGAUUUAUUAUUGAACAACUCACGUCAAACAGAAAUCCGCCAUAUUGUUAAAUCAAUUGGUUGUUCUUCAAAAGAAAAAGGUGAAAAUUUUAUUCAAUCAGUUAAAUUAAUUCCUGAAACCAACAAUUAUGGAAUUUCUCCAAAAGUUGAAACUUACUCGCAAUUAUAUGCCAAUCCAGAAGUUAAUAUUGUUUAUAUUGGAACUCCACAUAAUUUCCACAAGAAUCAAGCAAUUGAUUGUUUAAAUAAUAAUAAACAUGUCUUAUGUGAAAAACCUUUAACUGUUAAUAAAAAGGAAGCAAUUGAAUUAAUUAAUUUAGCUAAAUCUAAAAACUUAUUCUUUAUGGAAGCAAUGUGGACAAGAUUUUUCCCAGCAAUUACUAAAUUAAGAGAGAAAGUUUAUCAGGAAAAGGUAAUUGGAGAUAUUCAUAGAUUAUUUGCGGAUUUAUCUUAUAAUUCAGAUAUCACUAAUGUUCCAAUUACUCAUCGUAUUAGAGAUAAAAAUUUAGCUGCCGGUUCAUUAUUAGAUAUUGGAAUUUAUCCAAUCACUUAUUCAAGAAUCUUAUUAGAUGAUAAAGUGGGCCAAAAUCAUUCUAAAUUUGAUUAUAAAUCAUUCUUAACUUUGGAUCCUACCGAUGGAAUUGAUCAUCUUUGUUCAAUUAUUGUCAAAUAUGAAAAUGGUACUCAUGGGUUAUUAACUUGUUCGGAAUUUAUUGAUGGCCCCAAGGCGUAUGUUAGAUUAGAGGGAACUAAAGGUUGGGUUGAAAUGUAUAGUGAUAAUCCAGCAAGAGCUAAACAUUUUAAAAUCUUUAAUAAAGCAGGUGAAGAAAUUUUUGAAUAUAAAGAUGAGUCAGGAUAUAAUGGUUUCAUUUAUGAAGCUAAUGCUUGUGCAAUUGAUAUUCAAUCUGGUAAGAUUGAAAAUGAUAUUAUGCCCCAUGAUGAAACUUUAUUGGUUAUGGAUAUUAUGGAUCAAAUUAGAAAAGAUAAUGGAUUAGUUUAUGAUCAAGAUUUGUAG